CCACUUCCACUCAACACUCCACAGAGUCAAGAAGAUGACUGGGAACGAGAACCUCGUCGACGGAGUCGAGAACGAGAGCCAACAAGACGCCCACGUCGCUGAGCAUGCUGCCGGUGGUACUGCUAGUAUACGUCGCCAUGAAGUACACGAAGCUCCGCCGCCUCGCCGUUACCGUCUUCCUAAGGUGCGGCGUGCCUUCGGCGGACCACCACCCCCUCCUCCUCAUAUCAGCUUCCAGUACAACAGCGCCGCCACCAUCGAGAGGAUCCCCUACAACCUUCAGUUCAUCGUCCCUCGAAACCGCAACGUCAUCGCGCCCACUGCAGUGGCCAUAGGUCCCUACCACCGUGCCUUACCCCAGCUCUCGGGGAUGCAGGAGGCCAAGGCCGCAGCCGUGGCGGAGUUCUGCCGCGCGGCGGGCCAGCCGCUCGCGGCGGUCAGAGGAAAGAUGCUCUCGGUGGCGGGAGCCGCUCGCGGGAGCUACGCCGCCGACGGCACGCUCGUGGACUUGGACAACGGCGAGUUCGCGGAGAUGAUGUUGCUGGACGGAUGCUUCCUGCUGCAGUUCAUGGCCUCCGUGUGCCGGCGCCGCGACGACGAUCCACUCAUCUCGAGAGGCGAGGUGCGGAGAAGCAUCAACGCCAUCGUGCGGGACGUGAUGCUGCUGGAGAACCAGAUCCCCUGGCUUGUGCUCAGCUCCCUCAUGCAGUUGAUGCCGCCGCCCGCCGGGUCUGUCGUCAAUGACUUCCUUCUUCUCAUGGCCUCCGCCUUCCACAUCGUCGGCGACAUCAGCAAUGCCAACAGCCAAACCGGCCUGCCGGCCGCCGGAGAAUUAGAUAAGCCGCCGCCACCGCAUCUCCUUGGCCUCUUCCAUCGCCGUCAAAUGGAUAUGGGCGCGGUGCGCACCCAGCAGCACCAGGGCAGCCUCCUCCGCGUCCCCUUCCAGCUGGCUUCCCUGUCCAGCACCGCGGUGGAGCUCGCUGAGAUGGGCGUCAAGCUCGCCCCAAGCAAGACGAAGACAUUUGGGGACAUGGCCAUGUCCAAGCGGGGGCGCCGCUGGCCCCUCGGCCUCUUCGGCGAGCUCUCCCUGGCGCCGCUGGUCUUGAACCGACUCACCGAGUGCUGGCUCCUGAACAUGGCGGCCUAUGAGUUGUGCCAGCCGCAAGGCGACGCUACCGAUAGCUUCCCUGUCAGCUCUUACGUCACGCUCGUGUCGCUCCUUGUGAACCGGCCGGAGGACGUGCAGGAGAUGCGCGCCAAGGGCCUCGUCGUCAGCGUCUUCGACGACGCGGAAACACUCGGCUUCUUCAAGGCGCUAGCGCCGCACCUGAGCGUCGGUUACCGCUACUACGAGGUCUUCCAGUGCCUGCAGGAGUACAGGCAGGAGAGGUGGCUGUGGAUCGCCGUCCACAGGUUCUUGUACAACAACAUCAAGACCAUCGCCACUGUCUUCUCCAUCGUCGGCGUGCUCGCGGGACUCUUCAAGACCAUCCUUUCUGUGAAGCAGCCCCAUGGCCCGUAAGACGACCAGCACAUUGAGGGAGCUGGUGUUUGGUUGACUGUAUUUGUUGAUGCUUGCAUCGCGAGAUGCAAUGAGCUGGUAUUUGGUUGUUCUCAACCAAGCUCUACGCGUGCGAGAUGUGUGUUUAGUUACCUGUGUGUAGAUAUGAAGUCAGGCUCGCACGAUACUUAAA